UAGAGCGAGAGAGAGAGAGACCGGCGACCGGAUCCACCAAGACCAUCUCUCCAUCACCGCAGAACAGCGCGGAUGAAACACCGGUCAUCUUCAGAGCAGCAUCACGGGAAAAGGCCCCGUGUUCCCGCCGCGGCUGCCACCACCUCACCGCAGGACAGAAUGGAGGACAAACCACCGUCAAAUCCGCGGGAGCUCACCCAAAACCCUCUCAAGAAGAUCUGGAUGCCGUGUAAAAAUGGCCUUCCUGAAAAACACAUUUCUCAAAGAAAGAUAUGUAUGACCAACUGUCCCACCCUGAUUGUGACAGUGGGCCUUCCUGCCAGGGGGAAGACCUAUAUCUCAAAGAAGCUGACCCGCUAUCUUAACUGGAUCGGAGUGCCCACCAGAGAGUUCAAUGUUGGACAGUACAGAAGAGAGUGUGUGAAGAUCUACAAGUCCUUUGAGUUCUUCCGUCCAGACAACGAGGAGGGGUUAAAGAUCAGACGACAAUGUGCCUCAGCAGCGUUGAACGAUGUGCGACAGUAUCUCGCGGAGGAAGGAGGCCAAGUGGCGGUUUUUGAUGCAACAAACACCACCAGAGAAAGGAGGGAAACCAUAAUCCAGUUUGCAGAGCAGAAUGGCUUUAAGGUGUUCUUCGUGGAGUCGGUGUGUGAAGACCCAGAUGUCAUACAGGAGAACAUAGUGCAAGUGAAGCUGGGUAGCCCCGACUACACCAACUGUAACACCGAAGAAGCAGUGGAAGAUUUCAUGAAGAGGAUCAAAUGUUAUGAAAACUCCUACGAGACCCUCGACGAAGUCCUGGACAGGGAUCUCUCCUACAUCAAAAUCAUGGAUGUGGGUCAGCGCUACUUGGUCAACAGGGUGUUGGACCACAUUCAGAGCCGUAUUGUCUACUACCUCAUGAACAUUCACAUCACGCCGCGCUCCAUCUACCUGUGCCGCCACGGGGAGAGCGAGCUCAAUGUCAACGGGCGAAUCGGAGGAGACUCGGGCCUCACACCUAGAGGCAAAGAAUUUGGGAAGAAGCUGAGCCAGUUCAUCCUAGAACAGGGCAUCAGCGACCUGAAGGUGUGGACCAGUCAGAUGAAGAGAACCAUCCAGACAGCUGAGGCUCUUAAUGUGCCCUACGAACAGUGGAAGGUCCUGAACGAGAUUGAUGCAGGUGUGUGUGAGGAGAUGAUGUAUGAAGAGAUCCAGGACCACUACCCUCUGGAGUUUGCUCUGAGGGACCAGGACAAAUACCGCUAUCGGUACCCGAAAGGAGAGUCCUAUGAGGACCUGGUGCAGCGGUUGGAGCCGGUCAUUAUGGAGCUGGAGCGGCAAGAGAACGUGCUGGUCGUCUGUCACCAGGCCGUCAUGCGCUGCCUGUUGGCCUACUUCUUGGACAAGACAGCAGAGGAGCUGCCCUACCUGAAGUGCCCGCUGCACACUGUGCUGAAGCUAACGCCAGUGGCCUACGGCUGUAAGGUGGAGUCCAUCAGUUUAAAUGUGGAUGCAGUCGACACACACCGAGAAAGACCAGAGAAUGUGAACAUCCAUCGUACAACUCGAGACGCCCUGCAGACCGUCCCCCCUCACCUCUGACUGCAGCAGUCGGACCUCUCGUUCUCUCGCUCCCUUUCGACGGACUCUUGUGGUCGUUUCACUUUCCCGGUCUGCACAGCCCGUUCACAGUGGUGCCCGUCUGGGUGAUGAUGUGCCUCCGUCUUGUCCUUCAACACCUCUGUAACCCUUAUGUUCAUCUUCUUUUUUUAAAUUUUUUUUUUAUUUGAUGCAGCUCAACCUGAACUUAUGUUUUGAGCAUCAGUGUUCAAAGCUACACAGAGUGGCACUCAGCAUAGCUGGUCCAGAUUAUUUAUCAAACUGUUGUCUUGCACAGAGGGGAUUAAAAAUGUAGCUCACAGCAUAUUCUUAUUCCUAUUUGUUACUAUAUUCAGUAUGGUUACAGUGUGUUGAUAUUGUGCAGCAGUAAAAUUAACACUCAACAACUUUAAAGUACUUACCAUGUGGCUUCAUCAAUGAUCUUUUUGCUGUUGAUGUUUUGACAUGUUACUGUAUAGUGCAAUCCCUGUUAUGUGACUUUAGCGAUUAAGUGCAAUUUGAAGGUUACAAACCUACAUGGAAAACAAUACUAUAAAGCGUACUAUUUUGACUAUUAUGUGGUGAUUCAACGAAGGAGUGAAUGAAUGGACUGGGCGACGGCUGAUGAUUCUACACAGACCUACAAUAAAAUCUGAAUUUGUUUUUUGUGAAGAACGCAUUCUGGCACACAAGGUAUUGGAAAUGCAAAAAUGCAAUAUUAGCUCAAAGCUGUAGGCGUUUAUAUGGUUCAUGACUUCAAAAUGUACGUCCCAGCUUCACUGUAAUGAAGGAUUUGUUAUGCUAUUGUUUUAUAUAAGCCAACCUGUUGUCA